AUGGAUCAAGAACUAUUCUUUCAAGUAAUUAUUGUAGGUGAUACCGGUGUGGGAAAAACCUGUCUUCAGCUAAGAUUUAGUGAAAAUUCAUUUAAAGAACAGCACAGUGUAACUAUCGGUGUUGAGUUUGGAGCCAAAAAUAUCCAAGUUGGCUCACAAACGAUAAAAUUGCAGAUUUGGGAUACAGCUGGGCAAGAAACUUAUAGAAGUAUCACAAAAAGCUUUUAUCAACGAGCGGAUGGGGUUAUAUUAUAAUAUCUCCCACAGUUUUUACCUCUACUAUCAAUACCAUUUUCUAUAUUUCAUAUAAGCCAUUUAUCGCUAUUUAUUAAAUAUCCACAAAUAUCCCAAAAAAGCAUAGUAUAUGAUGCUACAGCCAGACACACUUUUGAAAAUUGCGAAAACUGACUUGAAGAAAUCAGGCAAAACUCAGCUGCUGAUGUCGUUAUUUUUCUUAUCGGGAACCAGGUUGAUCUCAUUGAAAAAGGUCAAGAAGACCGACAAGUAGCUUACGAAGAGGGGAAACUUUUUGCGGAAAAACAACGCUUAAGCGGGUUUAUUGAGACUUCAGCCAAAAGUGGCAUCAACGUGAAUGAAGCUUUUUAUGAGUUCAGCAAGGUUUUGUUUGAGAGAUGGAAAGAAAGGAGGGAAUUUAAGCCUGCCACACAGCCUAGAAUAGAAUUGAGACCAACAGUAAUUAAUAAGAAGAAAAAAUGCUGUUAUAUGAAAAGUAAUAAUUUAUUAAUAAAAAAUGAUGCUUGCACAGAAGCUUAG